CGGGUUGCUAGUUUGCAGCUUUGCUUGGCGAUUAUCGUGCUUUAAAACCCUGCCGAGCCAUGCAGCGACUUUCCUGCUGGGACUCCGUGAAACUUGGCUGGCUCUUCAGUAGACGCUAGGGCUGCGUUGUGGAGGCAGCCGAAGCCACGCGCGGAGAAGGUGCCUGUGAGGGGCGUACCCCCUUGCCAUGAAGAAGAUUUUUGGUUUCAGAAGUAAGGGCCCGUCGCCGUUAGGCCCCUCUGCUCGCCCGCGGAACAACUGCGUGGGCUUUGGGCGUGAGAGUGCUCGUGGCGCCCACAUGCCCAGGUACCACAUUCACGACAAGGAUAUGGGCAAGAUCCACAAGGCUGCAAGCGUGGGUGACGUAGCCAAAGUACAGCAUAUCCUUAUCCUUGGGAAAAGUGGCGUGAACGAUAGAGACAAGAAGGACAGAACGGCGCUCCAUCUUGCCUGUGCUUACGGCCAUCCAGAAGUGGUGACUCUCUUAGUAGAGAGAAAGUGUGAGAUCGAUGCCCGUGACGGCGAGAGCAGCACGGCGCUCAUUAAGGCCGUACAGUGCCAAGAAGAAGAAUGUGCCACUAUACUGCUGGAGCAUGGUGCCAAUCCGGAUGUGAUGGACAGCAACGGCAACACUGCCCUCCACUAUGCCGUCCUCAGUGAGAACACAUCCAUAGUGGCCAAACUGCUUGCACACAAUGCAAAUAUGGAAGCCAAAAACAAGGAUGACCUCACACCUCUGUUACUUGCUGUAAAGGAAAAUAAACAGCAUAUUGUGGAAUUUUUAGUAAAGAAAAAAACCAGUUGUCAUGCAGUUGAUCAGCUGGGAAGCAACAGACAAAUAUUUGAAUAUGAUGGGAAGAGACAAAAAAAUUCUGAAAAUAGCAAUCCAGUGGAUAACGGUUCUGAAGAUGAAUCUUUAAGCAGGUCUUCUCGCAUACCCGAUCCUGCUGAUUCCUGGCCUUCAUCAGAUGAGGAUGACUACAGUUUUGAUACCAAGAAUGUCCCCAAAAUUAACUUAACAGAGCUAUGGGCAGCUGCUCAACAGUCUAAGAAAAACCAAACAAAAUGUGGCAUUGAGAACCUAGAAAAUAGUAGCCUGUUUGACAAUAGUAAUUCCAACAGUGAAAAUGAAGAUGCAGUUGAAAUUGGUCCUGGAACAUCGGCCAGAGUCCUGGCCUCUUCUCCAUCCUGCUCAUCACCUGACCCAGUGGAAGGAGCAACUGAGCCUGCAAUUGGAAGAGAAGAAAAUGGUACUGAUAUUGUUGAAAGUGCUUCACAAGAAAAUGAUACUGAUAUUGUUGAAAGUGCUUCGCAAGAAAACGGUGCUGAGAUUGUCGAAAGUGCUUCGCAAGAAAAUGGUGCUGAUGUUGUUGAAAGGGCUUCACAAGAACAACCAAACCAUAGCAAUUUAGCCUAUGCCAGUGGUUGGCACAAAAGUAAUAAAAGUGAAAUGAUGACUGCGUUAGGAUUAGGAGAAGAUGAAGAUGAAGAAUCACCUUGGGAUUCUGAGAGUAUCUCCGACAGUGUUUCACUGAGAGGUGUAGAUCGUUUCUAUGGUGCUGCAGAUCCGACAGGAGAGGCAAGAGUACACGGACAGGUAGAAGAUGUGACUUAUAUACCUUCUUGCAUGAGUGGAUCAAGAAACUUUAAGAUGGCUAAACUAGAGGAAUCAAGAAAUGUAGGCAUUCCAGUAGCCCACAAGGAGACCCUCAGGAAGUAUCCAGUCAUGGAGCCUAGCAUCAAAAAGCCGGAUCCUGUUCUGAACAAAACAUCAGGAAUGAAGGAUGUACAGACGUUCAAAUCAGAACCAGACUCAGAAGAGCAGAAAGGGCUCAGUGGCAGUGAAGACAGCCAGAGAAAGGCUGAAGAAAAAAGAAAAUACAAAAAUAAUGAAGCAAAAUUAUCAGGAAGUCUGUACAAUGGUGCUGCUGACAGGGUUGAGAAUGGAGUAAAUCAGCAGAGUGGGAAAACUGAUGACCAGCAGUUUCCUAUGAAGGGAAGUAAAGAGCAUGAUAGAGGUCCUCCCUUGCUUAUGAAGGAAAUGAAGAAAAAGGAAAAUGAAAAGUGUGUAUCCAGAGAAUCCGUCAUGAUGCCAGUGACUGGGAAGCCUGGCUCACCACCUGGUGGCCCACUAUACCUGCAGGAUGGCUCCAGCCUAAGUGACACAGACCAAAGGGAAGCAAGGCCAACAAAGAAAACAUCUAAUAAAAAUAACAAGGUCAGAAACCAAGUCGCCUCUGUGGACGACCUCGAUGACUUGAAUGAGUCGUCUGAAACAGCCUCCGAGGACUGCGAGCUCCAGUGCCCCGAUUAUGAGAGCGUUUUGUGUGAAAUCGAGCAUCUCAGGAUGGAGUGUAGAGAUAUUGUUAGUCUUCUGAAAAUCCGGGAUGCAGUUUAUUCCUAUAAAAGAUUAAUAGAAUUUAAAAGAAGCCAUUGUGAACUACUUACAGGAAAACUUAAAAGAAUGGAAAAUAAAUUUAAGGAAUUGCAGAAGGAAGUAUCAGAAACAAAAGAAGGAAGAUCACUGCUAGAGCAUGAGAAGGCGGAAUGGGAGCAGGAGCUCUCCAAUCUGAGAUUUGCACUGAAACAAGAGGAAGAGAAGCGGAGAAGUGCAGAUCUGCUUUCUGAGAAAACUAUGGAGCAGCUUAGGAGAAAAGAUGAGCAAUAUCAGAGCGAGGUCGAGGGGAAGCAGCAGCUUGAAGUCUCUCUCAGAACACUGGAUAUGGAGCUGAAGACAGUAAGAAAUCAUUUGAACCAGGUUCUAGAGGAGCGGAAUGAGAUUCAGAGGCAGCUUUCCCAAGAACAGAAUGCCAGAAUGUUACAAGAUGGGAUUCUUGCAAAUCACCUUUGCAAGCAAAAGGAGAUCGAAAUGGCACAGAAGAGAAUGACUUCCGAGGUUUCUGUCAGUCAUGAAAAAGAGAAAGAUCUGUUGCAUAAGAACCAGAGGUUGCAGGAUGAAAUUGCCAUGCUAAGACUGGAGAUGGACACAGUAAAAAGGCAUAACCAGGAAAAGGAAAAGAAGUAUCUUGAAGAUAUUAAGACUGCAAAUGAAAAGAGUGAUAAGCUUCAAAGAACGAUAAAGCUAAAUGAAGAAACAUUUACAAAAACAAUAUUCCAGUAUAACGGGCAGCUUAAUAAUCUUACAACUGAGAAUACAAUGCUGAGUUCUAAGCUGGAGAAUGAAAAACAAAAUAAAGAAAGACUGGAAACAGAUGUUGACUCAUUCCGCUCUAGACUGGCUUCUGCUAUGCACGACCAUGCUGAGAUUCAGGCCUCGAAAAGAGACCUAGAAAUUGCUUUCCAGAGGGCAAGAGAUGAGUGGCUUCGUUUGCAAGACAAGAUGAACUUUGAUCUGUCUAACCUCAGAGAUAACAAUGAGAUUCUCUCCCAACAGCUUUCCAAAACUGAGAAAAAACUGAAUAGCCUAGAAAUUGAGUUUCAUCAUACAAAAGAUGCGCUUAGAGAAAAGACUUUGGCUUUGAAGCAUGUACAAAGAGACCUCAACCAGACACAGUGCCAGAUGAAGGAGGUUGAGCAUCUGUACCAAGAUGAGCAAGGGAAGGUGAACAAAUACAUGGGAAAGCAAGAAUCCAUAGAGGAGCGGCUGUCUCAGCUGCAGAGCGAGAACAUUCUGCUCCGACAGCAGCUGGACGAUGCUUCCAACAAAGCCGACAGCAAAGACAAGACGAUAGUUAAUAUCCAAGACCAGUUCCAUGAUAUGCUAGGCAGACUCCAAGCGGAGGGCCAGAAGCACAGGCUGAUGCUGGAAGACAGAAACAAGGAGUUAGUCAGUGAGUGCAGUCACUUCAAAGAGAGACUGUGCCAGUAUGAAAAUGAGAAAGCGGAAAGAGAAGUGGUAGUGAGGCAGCUCCAGCAGGAACUGGCUGAUACCCUCAAGAAGCAGUCGAUGUCAGAGGCUUCCCUUGAGGUCUCCUCACGCUACCGCAGUAAUUUAGAAGACGAGGCACGAGAUUUAAAGAAGAAAUUAGGUCAGCUCAGAAGUCAGUUGCAAGAAGCACAGGAUCAACACAGAGAGGCUGUACAACAUACUGAGAAGAUGCAAGACCACCUACAAAAGCUUGAACUUGAAAACUCCAACUUUAAAAUUACAAUAAAAAACCAGUCGGAUAAAAUUGAGCAACUUCAGGAAAACCUGUCAAGUGUGAAUUUGUCUGAAGAUGACAAAGAAAAACUGAAGAAACUUGCUGAGGUGAAGGAAUCUCUGGAGUGUACUUUGGAGCAGGAACAGAAGAGAAACGAUGCAUUAGAGGAAGAACUGAGGGAAUUUAAGGAACUCUUAAAAAAGACCAAAAAAGAAUUAAGUGAACAUGAAAACAGAGAACUUAAUCUCCAUCAAGAUAUAAAAAACAGUCAAUUUGAAAUGGAUAUCCCAGUUAAUAUGCUAAUAAAAAAGAUUGAUGAUCUUACAUCAAAACUGGAAACCACAUCUUCAAAAUGUCUACAUUUGGGUAGAAAAAAUCAGGUUCUUCAGCAGGAGUUGCUGUUGAUGAAAACCAUACAGAAGAAGUGUGUGAAACUAGAGAAGAACAAAAGGAAACUGGAGCAAGAAGUAGAAAGCCUCAGAAGUCACAUGGAGAAGAAUAUGGUGGAGCACAGUCAGGUGCAGCAGUAUAGGCGGGAGGUCGAAGAGCAAGCGAGGCAGGACUUGGUGGAGAAGUUAAAACAGGUCAACCUCUUCCUGCAGGCACAGGCAGCCUCUCAGGAAAACCUGGAGCAGUUGAGGGAGAGCAGUAACGCUUCAGUGAGGAGUCAGAUGGAGCUCCGGAUUAAAGACCUGGAGUCCCAGCUCUCCAGAAUGAAAAGUCAGGAAGACUUCGAUAAAAUAGAACUAGAAAAAUACAAGCAACUCUACCAAGAAGAACUCCGAGUUAGAAAAUCGUUGUCAAGUAAACUGAACAAGACUAAUGAGAGGCUGGAGGAGGCCAGCACGAAGCUGCUCCUGGAGGAACAGCAGAACAGAUCGCUGCUAAGCUCUCUCAGUACAAGGCCUAUUGUAGAGUGUCCUUGCGUUGGAGGUCUUCAUAAUAGUUUGGUAUUCAACAGAACUCUUAUUCCAAGAGAAAACAUAGUGAUUCCUUCCUCAAGCCUACAGCCAUCAAAUAAAAGAAUGGAAAUCUACCUGACCAAGAUGCACCAGGAGUUGGAAAAAAGUAUAAAUAGAGAACUUAAAGAAGCUGCUGCCGAGCUUGAAUCUGAGUUCUGCAGAGUUUCUCCCCUUGGAUCUGCUACUAAACCAGGUCAAGAUCUACUCUCAGAAGCAUCACAAGAAUAUAUAGACAUUUUAAAGAAAAAAUAUACAAUCUGCUGAAUUUAAAAAAAAGGAAGAAAGAAAAGGCAUAUAACAAUAGAAUCGGGACUGUUUGGAAGAAGGACCAGAGGAAGAGAGGACCUGAGAAGAUAAAGGGGCGUGCACUGUGUGUGUGUGAGGGCACACAGCUUCAGCCCCAGCACUUGAGAAGCAGAGCAGGCAGGUCUCCCGAGUUCAGGGACAGCCAGGGAUACAAGUCUCACACAGAGAAAGAAGGUCAUAAUGAAACCUACAAUUUUGUACAAAUAAUAUAUAUUAUUACAUAUGGUCUAAAAUAUAAUAUAUUUAUUAGACUUUAUAUAUUUUAAUUGUCCUAUUAAAUGUAUGACUUGAAAACAAAAGUGAAGAAAACUUUUUUGUCAUGUGUAUUAGAAAAUUAAUAUGUUUACAUGGGGUUUUUUGGUGGUUUUAGCAGAUUUUGCAAGUAUUAUUAAACCAGUAUUACCAGGUUUUACAUACAAAACCCCCUAAGAGCCGGUUUCUCACUAAGUACUCUGGUGGGAAGAAGUGCCGUCUUUGUGUUGAUACUUUUCUGGUUUUGUCACUUUGGUCUGCCGCUGCUGUCAGCAUUGUCAACGUUUUAAUGUAUUACAGCUGCCGAUCACUGUCAAACCUGGCUUCAAUUUUAAGCCCUGAUUUGUAGUUCUUGUUCGUCUUUGAUGGUCUCCUAAGCAGUCUUAAAAUUAGGCAAAGUGUCAAAGAAUUGUGCCCACCCACCCCACUCGACCAUUUGAAAGAGCCUUGCUGCCAUCUCCCACUGUCCUUGACUAUUUUAGUAUUUUUGUAAUUAACAGCACCUGAAUAACUUUGGUGUCACCUUUGUAAUGAGCCGGCUGACACUAAUACACCUGCAUUUAAUCCUCAGAUUCUUUUCCAGUUUGACGUCUUGACUACAGUGUCCUUUAACAAAAACUGCCCCUUCAGACUCCUGGAUUCCAGUUACUCACAUUUCCUAGACCCCUUCAGCCUGGAACAUUGCCCAGUCUUUCCUUGCUUUUCAUGACCUUAAAUCUUCAUGGUAGAAUUCAUGUAAUGCCCUUGAAUUGAAUUUUCUGCUUCGUUAUGAUUAAAUCAUGCAUUUCUUGGCAAGAGUAUUACAGAUGAAAAUUUUCUCAUUUUGUCCUAUUAGGUAAUCUCUAAUUUAGACUUUCCCUAAAAUUAUGAUGUUGAUUUUGAUCACUAAAGCAAUUAUCUGCUGUGUUUUUUCCCUAUAUUUACUUUUGUAAUAAUUGUUUUAUGGGGAAGUAAUUUGUGACUGUAAAUAUCUGUUUCUCAUCAAACUUAAAAUAUAUUCAGUUACUAGUAUCCAUGUGGACUAAUGGUUCUUCAUUUUACUUAAUGAGUUGUAAAUGGUUGAUAAUAUUUUUAAUUAUUUUUAUAUUUUGAUAAAUAAAAAUUUUGAGAAUUUCA